GUACACAUCACUUGCUUGGAGAUCUUGAAGCUCUACAGAACUUACAGUGUGAACAGAGAUCCUUGAAGAAUGAAAAGUCUGAUGUCUCUGAUCUUCCUGGUGCUGUUCUGCUCUAUGCAGGUGUCUUCAAGUGCUCCCAAUGCAGUUGCUAUGGCUCAGUCAACGUGCUGUUCAGAAUUUACAAAUAGAAUUAUUCCUCUCAAACGGUUGGUCUCAUACAAGCAGACCGGCAGCAGCUGUGUCAAACAAGGCAUUGUGUUUAAGACAAUUUUUGGGAGAGAAAUCUGUGUAGACCUUCAGAAAGACUGGGUGCGCAGCCAUAUUGUUAAAUUGGACAACAGAAGAACUGUGACAACAGCAAAAACUCCAAACACCACAGUCAAAAUCUAUUCCUCUUUACUCUUGAGGAAUGAGGAAUCUGUUCUCUCUGCUGCUCCUGGUGCUGUUCUGCUCUAUGCAGCGAACUUAAAGUGGUUUCGAACAAUUACAGGAAAGGAGUUCUGUGUAGACCCAGAAACCAGCUGGGUGAACAGCCAUAAUGCGAAAGUAGACAGUAGAAUAACUGCUACGACAGCAAAGACUCCAAGCAAUCACCACAGUCUAACAGAUUAGAAAAUGCAUCCUCACAUAUGUUACACAAAUUAACUCUCUUGUUAAGAAUAUGGCACAGAAAUAUCACUGAAACAUAUCACUGUAUUACUUUAAAGAGAUUAGAAUUUUGAAGAAUGUAUUUUUUUCUCCACUUUGU